AACACAUUAAAAACAAUGUGACAAGUCAUCUAUCUAUAUUUCGAUACAUCCUUCUUCGAGCCGGAUCCCUCUGAGGGUGAAGUAGAGCAGGACCAAAUCGAACUUUUCUUUGAUUGCAUAGGCAUCUCCUCGAAUUUUCCGGCGACAUUCCCGUUUGUCGAGACAGAUCUCUGUAAUGGCUCCAGUUUCUGCUCUCGCAAAGUACAAGCUUGUGUUCUUGGGGGAUCAAUCCGUUGGGAAGACAAGUAUCAUCACUCGCUUCAUGUACGAUAAAUUCGAUAACACAUACCAGGCUACAAUUGGUAUUGACUUUCUAUCAAAGACAAUGUACCUUGAAGAUAGAACAGUCCGCUUGCAGCUCUGGGAUACAGCUGGACAGGAAAGAUUCAGGAGUCUCAUUCCAAGCUACAUUAGAGAUUCAUCUGUUGCAGUAAUUGUAUACGAUGUUGCAAGCCGGCAAUCUUUUCUUAACACUUCAAAGUGGAUUGAAGAAGUCCGCACUGAACGAGGCAGUGAUGUUAUUAUUGUCCUUGUUGGAAACAAAACGGACCUUGUUGACAAAAGGCAAGUUUCAAUAGAGGAAGGAGAAGCCAAAGCCCGUGAUCUUAAUGUCAUGUUCAUUGAAACAAGUGCAAAAGCCGGCUUCAAUAUCAAGGCACUUUUCCGGAAGAUUGCAGCUGCAUUGCCAGGAAUGGAAACACUUUCUUCGACGAAGCAAGAAGACAUGGUUGAUGUGAAUCUGAAAUCUACCACUGGUGGUGCAUCACAGUCACAGCCACAAUCUGGGGGAUGUUCCUGUUGAUGCAUAUAUGUGGUAGGGAUCCUCGUAUCUCUGCCAUGUUUCCUGUUUUAUUGGUUUGUAAUCCUUGCCUCAUCUGUAAAGGUUGUCUUCCUCUUUAUGCAGUAUUUCACUUUGGUACAGUUAGUUGAUUCUUCAGCAUGGCAAUAUUCCUUCUGCAAUGUGGACUAUAUUGAAGAACCUGGUAAUAGACCAAUUAGAAUACUGUUGUGCUGGUCGAAUCGAACUUUUUUGUGUGGUUUGUAGUAAGAUCCGUUUAGAACAUUAUAUAGAACUUUUAUGACGAAAAGCUUUUUUUUUUUUUCUGUUUUUUUGGCAUAAAAUGUAUUGUGGGUGAGUCAUUUUUUCUAUUAUUGUCAGAAAUUAGCAAGUUGUGAGUUGAGGCUUAGUUAAACAAGGGUAUGGACAAAAGGUUAUUAUGUCGUUGGCUUCAGAUACACCAGUCCUGUGCCUUUUGGAGGGAUAGAAUGUCCCAGUAAUGUUGGGCCUCCGAUGGAGUAGGUUAUGCACCAGUACUGUGCCUUUUGGAGGUUCACAUCAGUGACCAUAACAAAGUGGUAUACAAUUCA